GUCUCUCAGUGCUCUUCGUAAGAAGACUCUCAUGGGCAUUCCAUUGUGAUUCUUUUUUUCUUGAGUCUCUGACGACCUCACGGCUGUUUCGCGGAGCCCAGAGGCGAAACGCCAAAACCCUUUCGCCUCGCUUCCGUGGCUUGACGGGCGGCGGAGAUGCGCUUCACGGCGUCUCCGGUGGUGGAGCUCCCGGUGGGCGGCGCCGUGCUGACCUUCGAGCAGGACAACGACUCCUUCGAGGUGGGCACCUCCGUCUGGCCCUCCUCCCUCGUCCUCGUCAAGUUCGCCGAGCGCUGCCUCGGCGACCCUUCCCUCCCCUUCGCCGACGCCCUCCGCUUCGCCGGCGCCCACGCCGUCGAGCUGGGAUCCGGGUGCGGCCCAGCGGGCCUCGGCCUCUCCCGCCUCGGCCUCUCCGACCUCGUGCUCACCGACAUCGCCGCCGUGCUCCCCGCCCUGCGACGCAACCUCCGCCGCAACCGCCGCCACCUCCAGCGCGUGCCCCGCCUCGCCCAGCUCCACUGGAACUGCCCCGCGCAGCUCGCGCAGCUCGCCUCCGCGCGCCGCUUCGACCUCGUCGUCGCCGCCGACGUCGUCUACGUCCAGGAGUCGGUGCCCCACCUCGUCGCCGCCAUGGACGCGCUCGCCGACGCCGACCGCGGCGUCGUGCUCCUCGGGUACCAGAUCCGGUCCCCCGAGGCGCACCAGGCGUUUUGGGAAGCCGUGCCUGCCGCCUUCCCGGUGAUCGAGAAGGUGCCGCGGGAGCACCUCGACCCGGACUACGCCUACGAGGAAUCCGAUGUGUUUAUCCUCCGCAGGAGGCCGCGGCAGUGAGAUAUGCCUCGAUUGACACGCAUCUGCUCAUCAUUUACAUACAGGGAGGACUGAAUUCAGAAGGGGGACAGUUCUCCAUCACAGAUGUGACGUUGAAGCCUGAAACAAACUGUGAUGCUGAGUAGACUUUCGAAGUGUAUCUCUUGGAAUCUUAGGGGCCUGCACCACAGAGGCAUCAAACGAUGAUUUUUUAUUUUUUAUUUUAUUUUUUUGCUUUUGGGGAACGGGAUGUUUUUAUUCAAGAAAAGAAGCCUGGUAUCUGUAACAUUUUGUAUGGUCAGUCUCAUGUUGAGCAAUCGAGCUGUCUAGUAAUCUUUCAACAAAGCGCGGGUAUUGAAUGUGGGACUGCUGGCUGGGCAGAACUAUAGUUCCUCAAAGCUUUCUUUUACCGGAACAUUGGCCUCAGCCACACCCAAUCAUGUUGACUUGACUUCAUCAUAUACAUGUUGCUAGAGUUGAUGCAAGAUAACAACAUUUUAAGGAUAAACAUUUUGGAAUUUCCAUGUU